CUCUCCAUCAUGAUCAUCAUAAAAGUCUAGAAAAGUCUAUCAUGUAAAUGUAUAUGUUAUGUAGUACCUUUAUAAGUAUAAAUUGAAGUUUUCGACAAGAAUUGCUGCUAUAGCAAGUCAGCAAUGGAAAGCACUCUCUUUCGCAUAAUUGUUGUUCUACUGGGUUUAUAUCAUAUUGUCUGUUUGAAUGCUGUCCCGAUUACAAGAAUCGGAAGCCCAAUGCAUGGGCCUCAAGUUCAUCAAGUUCCAGAGAAUACUCACCUGGUAGCUGCAGAGAAAAGUUCAGAGGCACAGAUCAUUAAGGGCAGGAUGGUUGUGGAGCUGAACGAUUACCCUGGGUCAGGAGCUAAUAACCGCCAUACUCCAAGGCCACAAUUUGGCAGAUGUGCGGAUUGUUAGUUUCUCUAAAUAGUCGGUCUUUGUUCUUCAUAUUAUAAUACAGUGUAAAGGAUGAUUUUGUUCUAUAAUCUCUCUAUUUGUUUAGCUUCUUAAAUUUGUUUUUUCCGUCUCUUUUCUGGGGGGUGGAUUUGAUAAACUAAGUGCGUUGGGAAGCUAAUUCUUAAGGGGAGACAUUCUGAGGAGGUGUAACAGAAUGAAGAGAGCAAGUACGGAGAACUAAUUGUUGUAGAUUUCAGUAAUAUGGAUGUUAGAGACUUUAAGCAAAUUGAUAAUCUCCUUAUCUAGUAUUAUGAGAUGGAUUAUUAUAACUACAAGUCACCUCUUAGUCUGACUGCACAAGAUAAUGGUUGUUAAACCUUGGUGCACCGUAAAGUCUUCACAUCUCCAUCGACUGAGUCCAUCCGCCAGCUUCACCUUCAUCGUGUGUUCCCGCUCAAGAAGUGGAAGCUGUUGUCGUUUCAAGAAAAGAUAUUUAGGACAGUGGCUUCGGUAGAUCAUGGAAGUCUUUCCAUUUUGGAACUGCUAAAUUCCCCAGAAGCAGGGGAAGGCUUUUCCUUUGUGCUGCUUGGAGUAUACCCUGAAAGUUCUUGACAGCUUGGAUUAGACUUCAGCAGUCCAUAUCCUUGGUGCCAGAUUUCCUAUUUUUGAUGUACGUACUGUGUUUCUGGUUGUCUCCAAAAUGUCGUAUGGUGAAACUCCACUGCAGACUAAAACUCGACUUUCUCUCAAUGAUUUACUCAAAAGUGAGAAAAGGUACGCAUUGCUUGCGUGGUAGGUAACAUGAUAAACAAUUCAAUUAGAGCAAUCGUGCUGGACAACCCACCCAGUUUCUGCAAACUUUGCCGUGAAAAAUGCUUGUCCUUGGAAUGUGCUUUACACUUAAUUGGGUUUAAAAAGAGCAUGUUCGAGUAAAAUACUGUGAAUGCAUCUUUUUGCAGUUUGGUGUUAGACAACCAAGAUGUUAAGAAGUUCAUUAGAACCAAUAUGCACUUUUUAAAGCAGCCUGUUAGGUGAACCACUCACAAAGCCCCUCGUAAAUAUCUCGAGGCAGUUUUUACAUGUGCUUUGUAUUUUUAGUGGAGAAAGUGGGGUGUGAUGUGUUAGGCAUUAAUUUCUUUUUUUUAUUCUGCUUGGUCCUUUUUGUCUGCCCCUGGAGAUGGUCAAUAUCAUAUUAAUUUGCAUCGCAUUUGUCAGAACAAAUGUAGUGCUUGAAAUGAAUGGCAAUAUAUAUUAAA